AUGUCGAGAAUUUCAUACAGUAUUGCCAGCUUGCACGAAAAGCUGGAUGUGCUUUCCUGCUUGUACGGAAAAGCCACGCCGGAGACAGACGAGGAUGUUAGACUGUACUCUCUGGAGUACAUGAAUGAGUUGCUGACCCAGGAUAUUGCCAAGUACCAGCUACGGGUACAAACUGAAAGAUUAGAGUUAGCCAAGCUCAAGGGUGAUAUAUCACUUCUUCGUAAACUGCUGGACGAAACGAGUAUCCCCGAGGAUGAACAAUGUGUAAACGCGAGAGAGAAGCUCCAGAGUUGCAAAACCGAUCUCCUCCGCAGAUGUCGAGAAAGACUUUCCCAUGCACUUCCUGAAAACACAGAACCUAUAUACAUAACUUGCCUUGAGGAGUUACGACACAUACCCACAGACGACGUAGCAAAAGUCAUGCAAUUCAUUACUUCCAACUACGAUAUACUGUCAGAGUUACCUAAGGACAAAGAAAAUACCGCUGUCGACACAAUUGUCUCCAACUGUCGCCAGCUUGAAAUUACACCAAUCAAUGACCGUCGUUGCUCCCUAUACAAAACCCCCAAAUCCAGCAUUAAGAAGUCAAUACGGCUGAACCCAAUAAAUACGACUGCUGGAGAGCCCAAAUUUGUGUUUGAAGAAAAGACGGUGGCCGUUCUCACCCCACUUACGAAAUUGCUUUCUCCCGUGAAUCUCGGACACAAACGAAUGGUUGAUGGUGACCCUACUAGGGUCGGUGCGGUCUGGGAUGUUCACGAACUACCUUCGUACAAGCGGAGACGGACAUUAGUGUGUAAUAAUCCAAUAAAAUGA